AUGUGGACGACUCGAGACUGGUGGCGCGUGGGGUUUCUGUGUCUCCCUGUGCUUGUGGCUUUGACCUGUGUUUCCCACAGUCUCAAUGAACCCAGCAACAUGUCAUAUGUCAAAGUCACCGUGGACAAACUGUUGAAAGGCUACGACAUACGCCUGAGGCCCGACUUCGGAGGUCCUCCAGUGGAUGUUGGUAUGAGUAUUGACAUAGCAAGUAUCGACAUGGUAUCAGAGGUGAACAUGGACUACACCAUCACCAUGUAUUUUCAACAGUCGUGGCGCGAUAAACGUCUGUCCUACACGGGAAUUCCUUUGAAUCUGACGUUGGAUAAUCGUGUGGCCGAUCAGCUCUGGGUGCCCGACACGUACUUCAUAAACGACAAGAAAUCCUUUGUUCAUGGGGUGACCGUCAAAAACCGUAUGAUUCGCCUUCACCCCGAUGGAACAGUCCUUUAUGGCCUCAGGAUUACGACAACAGCUGCGUGCAUGAUGGACCUGCGAAGAUAUCCACUGGAUGAGCAGAACUGCACCCUGGAGAUUGAAAGCUAUGGCUACACCACAGACGACAUUGAGUUUUACUGGCAGGCCGGCAGCGCCGUAACAGGGGUAGACAACAUUGAGCUACCUCAGUUUUCUAUCAUCAACUACAAAACUCUGUCCAAGAAAGUGGUGUUUGCCACAGGCUCAUACCCACGUCUGUCUCUGAGUUUUAAACUGAAGAGAAACAUUGGUUAUUUCAUCCUCCAGACGUACAUGCCUUCCAUCCUCAUCACCAUCCUGUCCUGGGUCUCCUUCUGGAUUAAUUAUGAUGCCUCUGCCGCACGGGUUGCCCUAGGUAUUACCACGGUCCUCACAAUGACCACCAUAAACACACACCUGAGGGAGACGCUGCCGAAGAUCCCAUACGUCAAGGCUAUAGACAUCUACCUGAUGGGCUGCUUCGUCUUUGUGUUCCUGGCCUUGCUGGAGUACGCUUUCGUCAACUACAUCUUUUUUGGCCGUGGCCCCCACAUGCAAAAGAAAGUGGCUGAGAAAGCAGCUAAAAGUAACAAUGAGAAGAGUCGACUGGAGAGCAACAAGGUUCAGGUUGACACCCACGGGAACAUCCCCCUGACCAAUCUGGAUAUCCGUAUUAGCGGGGCGGAAAUGUUGGGCGGUCUCAGCGACCCGCGAAACACGAUGUUCUCUUACGAUAGUGCUAGCAUCCAAUACCGUAAGCCACUGACAGGUCGCGACCUCUAUGGCCGGCCCACAGCCUCACUGGAGCGGCCAGCCAAGAAGAGCCGUCUGAGAAGACGGGCCUCGCAGCUUCGGGUUAAGAUUCCGGAUCUAACUGAUGUGAAUGCCAUAGACAAAUGGUCCCGUGUCAUUUUCCCUAUAACCUUCACCUUUUUUAACCUGGUGUACUGGCUAUACUAUGUCCACUAG